AACACUGUCCAAUUCCGUAUGACAGCAAGAAAAGCACAAAAUGACUUCGGUGGCCCGAAUAUUGAUUUUAAAUUAAAUAAUACCCUUUAAGCCUUAAAUUUUAGAUUAUUGUUGUGAUUUUAGCUAGUAGUUAGUGCAGUGGACACAGAUUUUAGUAGACCCUAAGUCUUGCAACAUAUACUUAAGUUACCAAGCUUCAACUUGUAUCCUCGUAACAAGUUUCAGUAAUCAUUUACCAUUACGAACAGAUCUUGCAAAACAUCAUGACGCACCCCUAUUUUGACACAAAUUGGACGUGGAGCGUGGUGGCGCGGACCCGAUGACCCGUGAGUUCUACGACAGUUCCGAGGAAGAUGACAUGGACAGCCCGUACCAGGUGGACGCCGAGGCCGCGGUGCUGACGCGCCCGCCCCGCGACAUGCACAACAAAUGCUGCGGCGGCAAGGCUUGGUGCAUAAAGGACAUAUGCGGCAUAAUCUGCGCGAUGCUCACCUGGUUCCUGAUUCUGUACGCGGAGUUCGUGGUGACGAUGGUGAUGCUGGUGCCGCACGCGGCUCGUCACCCGCUGUACAGCUGGGCCAACAUGGCGCUGUUCCAGACGCUGGCCUUCCUCGCCUUCGCCUCGCAUCUGCGCACCAUGUUCACUGACCCGGGCGCCGUACCGAAAGGCAACGCGACCAAAGAGGUGAUCAAGCAGAUGACUUUCCGCGAAGGCCAGGUCAUCUUCAAGUGCACCAAAUGCUGCAGCAUCAAGCCCGAGCGCGCGCACCACUGCUCGGUCUGCCAGCGCUGCAUCAGGAAGAUGGACCACCACUGCCCCUGGGUCAACAACUGCGUCGGCGAGAACAACCAGAAGUAUUUUGUGCUGUUCACUUUCUACAUCGCGGCCAUCUCCAUCCACUCGCUGACGCUAUCCGUGUGCCAGCUGGUAACCUGCAUCCGUGAAGAGUGGCGCGAGUGUGGAGCCUACUCGCCGCCGGCCACGGUGGUGCUGCUGCUGUUCCUCAUAGCCGAGGCGCUGCUGUUCGCGAUAUUCACCGCGGUCAUGCUGGCUACCCAGCUGCACGCCAUAUGGCAUGAUGAGACGGGUAUCGAACAGCUGAAGAAGGAGAAGGCCAAGGAGCAGGCUCGCUGGGUGCGCAAGUCGCGCUGGAAGAGCAUACAGAACGUGUUCGGCCGCUUCUCCAUCUUCUGGCUGUCCCCCUUCACGCAGCCCUCGCCCAAAACCAAGCUAGACAGUUUCCUCUACAGUGUAUGAAUCAAAUCUCUAUUUAUCACAAAAUACAUUUUAAGUUUUAAACUG